AUGAAUGGGGGAAUGGAGCAUAGAACUCCAGGUCAUAAUGCAGUGCUUCACAAGGCACCGAAAAAUUAUAAAUUACUUAUGGACCCAUGUCUUGUAAAGGGGGCAACAAAAUUGUACAGAUAUGAUGGUUGUGUGCCUGGAGAUGCAUCUUAUCCUCCAGUUCAGUGCAGAGACCCUAGGUCGCAACUAUCAAGGAUAUGGAAUAAGUUAGAACCAGCAGAUUUGCCAGUCCCUAGAUUUAGGAUAGACAAAAACUAUGUAGGAGUUCCUCCACAAAUAGAAAUUACAAUUGGAAAUUUGAAUGACAACAUAGAUAAAGCAUUUUUGGCAGAAAUGAUGAAUAAAGUCGGACCACAUGAAGAGUUGACAAUAUUUUACCAUCCAGUUACUCAUAGACAUCUGGGAUUUGCAAGAAUAGUAUUUCAAGAUGUAAAGUACUCAAAGAUAUGCAUAGAAAAAUAUAAUGGGAAGUCAGUUAUGGGUCAGGUGCUGGAAGUCUUUUAUGAUCCAUUUGGCAAAAAAUGUCAAGAGAUGUUUGAAGAGAAGACUAUGGAACGAAAAACACAGCCAGCGUCAACUAUUACAAAGUCCUCUGUAGUAGAAGAUUCUCGUUCGUCCAAAACUGAAAUGCUCAGCAAGAGACUAGAGGACACAAAAUUGACAGACAAGGAGGGAUAUUCGCGCUACAAGGAGGAUCAUAGUGACAGUAAUAAUCGUUGGUCAGAUGAGGAGCGCGAGUACAGGCAUCGCCAUCGCAGUCGAAGUGAGAGGGACAGGGAUAGUGAUAGGGACCGCGACAGAGAUAGGGAUAGAGAACGGUACAGGGAACGAUACGCGCGGGGAACAAGCGAUACAAGUGAACCAGCUUAUGUGGCUCCAAGCCAUGCUACCAGCCAUGCCUCCAAAGUACCUUAUACGCCUACUGGUCCUUUGCCCUAUGACCCUUAUUACCAACAAAGUUAUGGUUACGGAUAUGGAGCGAGUCCAGCCCCAAGUGCAAGCGGUAUGUGGUGGAACUGGCGACAUCCCCACCACGCAACUCAUCAUCAUCCACAUGCGGAGCGGCGCGCGGGGCCGGCGUGGCUGCCCGCGCCCGCGCCCGGCGCCGCGCCCGCCACGCCCCAGCUGCGCGACCGCUCGCCCGAGCCGCGCGACCGCAGGACCAGGGACAAGGAGGUGCGUGCUGAGAGUACGUGUGCGGAGACGGAGAACUCGGAGCCGCCGCCGCCUGGCGUGGGGCCCGAGUAUUCGCCCGACCCCAAGCCGCCGCCGCCCGUAGAAGAGCCCAAGAACGUCGACCUUGACACCAGGAUCGCAAUGCUGCUGAAGGGCGCGAGUGGUGGCGGCGGGCUGGCGCCGCCGUUCCUGGCGCUGGGCAUCUCCUCCGAGGAGGAGGACGACGAGCGCCUGCCCACCAACAUGCCCGACCUCGACGCGCACCACCCGCCCUCUGACGACGAAGGAUCCGGCAGUGAAGACCGUGGAAGCAUAAUUUCAAUAAGCAUGAAGAAGGAAAUGAACCCUGAACCGCUUUCAAACACACCGUCACCAUUCUUAAGUCGAGAGUUCUACCUUGACUGUUUAAAGGUCACUGUUGAAAGGAAAGCAAAAGUGGAACAGCAGAAAAAAGUGACGAGCCUGGACAAGAUUGGAUCGGAUAUUUCAUCGUCGGAGGACGAAUUGUUAACAGGGGAAGAGCCUCGACGUUCACCAGCUGCGCCCCCUGAUAAGGACCAAGAUAACCUGGAUGACGAUCAGAUGUCGCUGUCAUCGCUGUCGUCAACGGAGGCUAAGAUCGAGGAGCAAGUUCCGGCAGAGGCGUACUUUUACCCUCCCGUCACCGCGCACCCGCCACCACACCCGGCCUACUACCAGCCCAUGUGGCCGCACACAGCAUAUCCUCCGCCGACCUACACGACUCCUGAGAUGGCGAUGGCGUACAGUGCCGGAUAUCCUGCACCGUCCAUGUUACCGCAUCACUUCCAGCCCUAUCCUCAGCCGGCGCCACAGCAACAGGAAUUAGAUAACCCACACUACCCGACAAUCAACAGUGUGAUAGAGCGAGUUACAGCUGAAUUGAAGCAAAUCUUGAAGAAAGAUUUUAACAAGAAGAUGAUUGAGAGCACGGCCUUCAAGAGCUUCGAGCUGUGGUGGGAUGAGCAGAGUCGUAAGACAAGGCAAACUAAGACCACCAAACCGGAAGACACGAGUCAACCGUUACAGGAUAUUUCGAAUAAGAAAGAAGAGACGGUGGAUUCUAUAAAAUCAAUAAUGGAAUCACGAGACAUAGGGCUUGAAUUAGGAGGCUAUGGUGUCGGUAUUGGUCUGGGACUACGCGCCACCAUUCCUAAAAUGCCGAGUUUCAGACGCAAAAGAAAAAUACCCUCGCCCGUUGUUAUGGACGAAGACUCCUCUAAACGGCUCAGUGAUCAGGAAGAAAUGGUGCAAAACUCUGAUGAAGAGAAGGAGCUCCCGACGAGUCCUCGGAACAGGACGACUGGGUCAUAUCUUUCGACUAGUAGAAGACGACAGUCGAGUAGCUCGUCAAGGUCGUCGUCGUCGUCGUCGUCGCGGUCGUCGUGGUCGGGCUCGGGCUCGGAGCGCAAGGGCGCGGCGCCGCGUCUCUACUCCGACUCCGACAUUGACACCGACCUCGACGAGGCUGAGUUUAAGGUGGUAUCUAACAAGGAGAGGCUUAGGAGAGUGUACUCCUCAUCAUCAGAUAGUGAAGAGGAACAGAGUAGAAGAGAAAAAACUCCAAUACCUCCAGUGGAAAUGGACGAGACGGGUGAAGAGUGCACACCCCUCGAGGCAGAAAGGUUGGGCUCACCUAUACUGUCACCUGAAGAAGAACCGAGAGAUCUUCUACUUGAUCGCGUGUAUUCUGACUCCGAAGAAGAACGUGAAUAUCAGGAAAGAAGAAGACGAAACACAGAAUAUAUGGAACAGAUCGAAAGAGAGUUCUUGGAAGAGCAGCGGCGAAAGUUGGAAGGAGAUACAAGGCCACAACCCGACAAACCGCCUGAUGACAGUUUAUUAGAUAGUAAGCCUGAAGAUAUAAGCAGUCCUGUGAAAAACCAUUUGAAAUCACCAGAGAAAAGUAAAAAGACAGCAGAUGUGGAAGAGGGUGAGAUCACUUCUGAGGAAGAGCCUCUGGAUUCCCGGCCGAAGAAAGACAAAAAACAAAAGAGAAAAGACGAAAAGAGAGAAAGGAUAACUUCGGGUAGUGAUGAGCACAGUCACAUUGAAUCUGCUUUUGGGGUCAAUGGUAUUAAGGAGACAAGCAGUGCAUUGUCGGAGACAUCGUCGCCCCAGUCGCAAGCGUCCCAAGCGUCUCAAGCGUCGCAGGUGGCGCUGGACCACUCGUACUGCCGGCCGCCGCCCACGCCCGCCUCGCCGCACGAGCGCCGCGCCUCCAACCACCUGCACCACGACCACGGCUAUACUUGGAUGGCAGAACCAGAAAUCGAGUCUACGUUAGAAGAACUCAAGCCUAAGAAGGAGACCAAGAGGCCGUACAAGCGGAAACAUGAAGCGAAGAAACUUGCAGAAAUUCAAAACAAAUUGCACGAGCCGCUGCGCAUGGAGCGGGAGGAGGAGGUUCGGUUCCCGGCGCGCGACAUGAUGGCGGAGAUGCAAGUGAUGUACUCGUUCCUGACGCGCGGCGUGGACCGCGAGGACGUGCAGCUGCUGCGGCGCGCCUACGAGGCGCUGCUGGCGGCCGACGCGCGCGGCUACUGGCUGCACGACACGCACUGGGUCGACCACCCGCCCACCGACCUCGCCUACACGCCGCCGCGCAAGAAGUCCAAGCGCCACGCCAACAUGUACGAGGAGCUGCAGGGUCACUCUAGCGGCGCAGCGCGGACGGAAGGCUACUACAAAAUGGACGCGCGGCUGAAGGCCAAGUACAAGUACCACCACGGGCGCGGUGCCGCCGCAGACGACAAGAAGGCCAGCAAGAUGCAGCUGUCGCGCGAGGCGCGCUCCAACCAGCGCCGCCUGCUCACUGCCUUCGGUACGGAUACGGAUUCAGAUCUGCUGAAAUUCAAUCAACUAAAGUUCAGAAAGAAGCAACUGAAGUUCGCCAAGUCUGGUAUCCACGAUUGGGGUCUUUUCGCUCAGGAGCCGAUCGCAGCGGACGAGAUGGUGAUCGAGUACGUGGGGCAGAUGAUCCGGCCCAUCGUGGCGGACGUGCGCGAGGCGCAGUACGAGGCUACGGGCAUCGGCAGCUCGUACCUGUUCCGCAUCGACCUCGACACCAUCAUCGACGCCACCAAGUGCGGCAACCUGGCGCGCUUCAUCAACCACAGCUGCAACCCAAACUGCUACGCGAAGAUUAUAACAAUCGAGUCGCAGAAGAAAAUAGUGAUAUAUUCAAAGCAGCCCAUCGGCGUCGACGAAGAGAUCACGUACGACUACAAGUUCCCGCUCGAAGACGAGAAGAUUCCUUGCCUCUGCGGCGCCCCGCAGUGUAGAGGAUUCCUAAAUUAA